AUGUUUGGUCUCCUCGUCACGGUCCUGGUUCACCACAUCAAGAGCCUCCGCGAGGCCGUCUCCCAUGCCAUGGCCCACGUUAUGCGCAAGGUGCACAAGGCCACUAUGAAGACGCCCGUCGAGGUCCUCCCCACCCAUGUCAAGCUGCCUGAUGGCCGCGCGGUCGACUUGGGUUCCCGCGAUGAUGUGUGCUGGGGCACGUACACGCCUCGCGCCGUCAACAACCAGUCCGCCACUCUCGCCCCACAACCCGUCGUUGUCAAUACUGAAGACGAGGACAGCACUUCUGUCAUCACUUCCGAGUCCUCGGUCAGCACGAGUGACAGCUCCGCUACCUGCAGCGAGCCCGUCACCAAUGAACCUGAGGUGGUCGAGGUCGUCGCUGUUGAGACCUCUGAGGCUGCGGAGACCACUGCCGACCCUUCCAAUUCCGCACCCAUCAUCCAAGAUACCGAGGCUGAGGACACGUCCGAGCCCACGACCCUUAUGGCAGGCCAGUUGAGCGCCAUCACCAUCGACAGCGAGGACCUUGCGACCACAGUCUCCGGGCCCAUCAUCGCCGAACUCGAGGAGGACGUCACCACGUUCCAGCCUCUCAUCACUGAUGAAGGUGUUGAUGUUCUCACGGUCGCUCAGGAGUCUUCCGUCAUCACCAUGGGGUUUACCGCCCUCCGCCGCGAGUCCAUCAGCGAGUCGAGCCCUACCAUUAACGAGGUCAACCCACCCAUCGACUCCACGGCCUGUCUUCCUUGCCACACAACUGCGGUCGAGCCCACCACGGAUGUUGUCACAGUCGAUGCCCCCACUGAGGACAAGGACGUUUCCCAGAUGCUCGCCAAGGUCGCCAUCGCCGACAUGGUCCUCGCUGCGACUCUUGUCAAGGCAUCCAAUGACGACAACCUCCGUCUCCUCGCCUCUGUCUGCGCGGACCCCCACGAGGGUAACCUGGUCCUCCUGGCCACUAUUGCCGAGGACGUUGCUGCCGAGGCCGAGGCUGAGGCCGAGGUUGAAACCUCCAACACCUCUGAUGACACAAGCGAGGACACGGCCAUUGUAACCCCACGCAUCCAGUUCCCCCAGACUGCGUCUCGCGAGAACCUCUGGUACCCAACUCUGCGGCACGGCGACGACUCGGUCCACCCCCUUACCCCGGUCGACGGUCUCAAGGAUGCCACCAUGAUCGCCCAUCCAACUGUGCCAGCGAUCACGCUCACGCCGUCCACCGUCCUCAACUACCAGGACCGUCUCGAGAUGUCGUGGCCGAACAACCAGUCGGUUCCUGUCGCCAUGGAUCGCCCCUACCCGCUCGCCUCCAAGCCUGAAGCGCACUUCUUCCUCUUCAUCGGCUCCUGCCAGUUCGAAUAUGAGCGUGGUUUCACCAGCUCGAUGGCGGUGCCCAUUCUCAAGCCGGCUGCGAAUAUUGCAGAGUUUGAAGAGGCCUCGCUUGCGCCGCAGCACCGAUGUGCCAUCUCAGGAUCCCACCUUGCCACCUCGGUACUGGCCACCGUCAAGUCGUCAACCGAGCCCUCCGCAUCCCCUCCCACCUCCGAGCUGUUCACCGUCACGUCCUGCACCACUGGGUCAUCGACCUCGUCGCCAGCCCCUUCCUCGACUGAAGUCAUGCCCAUCCACAACUGGGCCAAUGACGAUGACGCCGACGUGGAGGACUACCCGGCAGAGUGGUACGUGGGCGCGGGCAUGCCUGUCCCCCCUUCGGCUCCCUCUUCCGCCCCUUCCUCUCAGGCUCCAGCUCUGGCGCACAGCGCCUCGGCCGCUCGCCCGUCGUCUCCCACGCCCAGCAGCGUGCCGUCCCUUGUGGACGAGACGUCCGAAAGCGACGAGGAGCGCUCGGAGCUCGAGCCCGAGCACGAGCCUGAGGUCAUCUCGCCGGUCGAGUGGCUUGGCUUUCUUGAGGGAGGCAAGGGUGGUGACGAGAGUGUGGUUCCCAACGUGCUUGCCGAGCUGGAGCUCAGGGUCCCCGAGGUAGAGGCCAAGGCCGUUCCCGUCAAGCUCGUCCCCACUGUCCCCACCCUCCCAAAGCUCGACUGGUCCAAGAUGGAAGAAGACGAGGUGGAGGAUGAUUGGCCAGUCCACUGGUACAUCGAGCUCGGCUUGACCCCGCCCGUGAUCCCCCCGCCCGUGACCGUCUCGAGCAAGUCGCUCAAGCGCAAGGCACGCAAGGCGCGUAACAAGGCAAACAAGGCCAACAAGGCCAACAAGGCCAGCAAAUGA